GUUGCCUCUCUCCGCCUCAGCCUUCCGAGCGGGUGGGGUGGCAGUUGGUCCUCUCGCCUUCUGGGAGGGGAUGUGGAUGUGACUGUCCCCCAGCCCCCACUGCCCGGCGCGCUCCCUCAACAAUGAGGGGAGGCGGCCUCCCCAGGUCAAAAACGAUUGUUCUCUUGCAGUGAGGAGAGUGGUGUGCCACUGAGGGGGGUCGGGGGGCUGACCCCACAACCCCGGGCUUCUCGCCGCCACCACCCGGCUCUCGCUGGCUUGCCUGUCCCCUCUUCCGGAGCAUAUUGCCCUUCUGGCCACUUUUGAGGCCAUUUAUGGGGCCAUCUCCCCCCAAGGGGCUCUGACCUUUCCCCCCAAUUAAGGGGACGGGCACUUUCAUGAGGAUUACUCUCUUUUUUUCAGUUUUAUUGUUUAUAUGACACUUUUAAUCCAGGGAGCUCCAGAACCUGUUUUAAGGGGUCGUUACCCCAAGUACUCUUUCCCUCUCUUCCUCACACCCCACUGGCUGGAGGCCAUGUUUCCUGUUUUCCCUUGCACCCUCCUGGCCCCCCCAUUCCCUGUAUUGGGAUUGGAUUCCAGGGGGGUUGGCAAUCUAAUGAACUCUUUUCCCCCACCUCAGGGUCACGCCCAGAAUCCCCUGCAGGUCGGGGCUGAGCUUCAGUCCCGGUUCUUUGCAUCCCAGGGCUGCAACCAGAGUCCAUUCCAGGCUGCCCCAGCCCCCCCACCGACUCCUCAGGCCCCAUCCGCCGAGCCCCUCCAGGUUGACCUCCUCCCCGUCCUCGCCGCAGCCCAGGAAUCUGCUGCUGCUGUGGCGGCGGCAGCCGCGGCGGCGGCCGCAGCCGCUGCCGCCCCCCCAGCCACUGCCACAGCUUCCACGGUGGACACGGCGGCCCUGAAACAGCCCCCCGCGCCACCUCCGCCACCCCCUCCGACCUCCGCGCCAGCUCCCGAAGCUGCCCCUCCAGCUACAAUCGCUGCUGCUACUGCCACGGCUGCUGCUGCCCCGACCUCCACGGCCGUCGUAGCUCCUGUGGCUACUGCUCUGGAGAAGAAGUCAAAGAGCAAAGGGCCGUAUAUCUGUGCCCUCUGUGCCAAGGAGUUUAAGAACGGCUAUAACCUUCGACGGCAUGAAGCCAUCCAUACGGGUGCCAAGGCCGGGCGGGCCGGCCCCGGUGCUAUGAGGAUGCCCACCAUGGUGCCCCUCAGCCUCCUAAGUGUGCCAGCGACACUGGGCGGAGCUGGCGGGGGUGGGGGCGAAGGGGGCGCCGGGGGUGGAGGGGCCGGAGUUGGAGGCGGCGGAGUGGUCACCACCACGGCCUCCGGGAAGCGGAUCCGGAAGAACCACGCGUGUGAGAUGUGCGGAAAGGCCUUCCGUGACGUGUACCACCUGAACCGGCACAAGCUGUCACACUCUGACGAGAAGCCGUACCAGUGCCCCGUGUGUCAGCAGCGCUUCAAGCGCAAGGACCGCAUGAGCUACCAUGUGCGCUCACAUGACGGCGCUGUGCACAAGCCCUACAACUGCUCCCACUGUGGCAAGAGCUUUUCCCGGCCAGACCACCUCAACAGCCACGUCAGACAGGUGCACUCAACAGAACGGCCCUUCAAAUGUGCGACAUGUGAAGCAGCAUUUGCUACCAAGGACCGACUUCGAGCACAUACGGUGCGGCAUGAAGAGAAGGUGCCAUGCCAUGUAUGUGGCAAGAUGCUGAGCGCAGCCUACAUCUCUGACCACAUGAAGGUGCACAGCCAGGGGCCUCACCACGUCUGCGAGCUCUGCAACAAAGGUACAGGUGAGGUCUGUCCUAUGGCGGCAGCAGCAUCAGCGGCGGCAGCGGCGGCGGCGGCAGCAGCAGCAGUUGCAGCAGCUACCCCCACAGCUGUGGGCUCCCUUUCUGGGGCAGAGGGUGUCCCUGUGAGCUCUCAGCCACUUCCCUCACAGCCCUGGUGAGCCCUAAGGUGGGGGUUGGGGUAUAGAGGAAAGGCCUCAGUCCCCUCUCUCCUCUCCCACCCCCUUCCCACCAACUCUUUCUUCCCCCACCAACCAAGGAGCCACCAGAAGGAAGGAGUGAAGAAAUGUUUUCUUAGGGGAAUUCACUAGAUUUUAAACAUUUGUUUCUCUUCUCUCUCCUCUUCCUAUAUGAACCCCAUUGUUCCUCUGGUGAUUUGGGGGCCCCCUAGACUGAUAUCAGGGGUAGCAGAGGACAAACCAGCUGUCUCAUUGCCCUCUCUUCUCCAUCGCCCUUCCCAUGCUCUCCCAGGGAUUCAAGAACCUUUUCCCUUAAAGGUCCUUUUCCUUCCCACCUUUCCAAUCCCCUAUUUGCCUACUGUCUGCUGCCCAUCCCUGGGGAGUUGGUGCUGUUUAAAUGGGAGGGGCGGGGUAAGAGUGUGGAGGAAGAUAGAAGGGAAAUCAAAGAUUCUGUCCUCGGUGUGGGGAGAAGAGAGAUUUGGAAAGAAAGAGGCUGAGAUGAGGGGCAAACAAGAAUGGACUUAGUGUCACAGGUGGAGGUUUGUUUGGGGUCCUUGGCCCUAAUCUUAUCCCUCUAGAAUGUAUCAUAAAGAAGACUGGGCAAGUAAGGGGAUAAAACAUUUUGGGGAGAAGGCAGACUAAGAGGCGGGACCUUGGGGGAGGGGAGUAGGGUGAGUAAAGGACAGAAUGAGAGGAUAAAGUUUUGGGGGUGCCAGAAAAUAAAGGUGCUUCCCAGGGGGGGAAUGCAGCGGCAGUAUUUCCCCCAUCCCCUCUCAUCUCAACUGUAGUUCUGUCCUUUUUUUUAUCCCUUUUUUUCCCCUCCUCUCCCCAACAGAAAUUGUGGCCCUAGCCAUGACAUCGUGUUCCUGUGUCCCCUGCAUGUUCCCCACCCUUUACCCCCUCCCUUUGCGGACCCCAUUACAAUAAAUUUUAAACAAAAACAUACCU